AUGACUGACACGAUCAGUCGAAAAAUGAAUUCAAAUUCAUCAUCAAAUGUUAGCAUUAAAAUUAAAAUCAAACCAAGCAUAUCAAAAAAUUCAAUAACUCGUCGUCGAUCUCAACGACGAAGAACAUCUGUUCUGUCAUCAUUACGAAAGAGUGCAUCAUCGCCGUUGCUUCUUACAGAAACUGGUUCUGGCAAUGAAUCUACAGUUGAUACAGAUGAUAAUCAAAAAACAGAAAUAUUUGCUUCACUUGGUCCUAAUAAUAAACUUGUUUUUACUACAACAUCAACAACGAAUUCUAAAGCAUCAUAUUGGACAGUAACCGAUCGACAACCUCAAUGGUAUAAAUUAUCUAUUCCUAUUAACCAAUCAAUAUUCAAUAGUAGAACUCAAAUUGUACCUUAUAAAAAAUUAUCAAAAAAAAUUCAAAACGAAAAGCUCAAAUCGAAUAGUGAUGAGCAAAUAGAUGAACCAAUUGAUCCAACUCAAUUAAUUAUGAAAACAGUUAUGCGUGAACUUGAUUAUGAUAUGGAUGAUGGUGAUCUCAAAUUUCUUCAUGAAAUUAAUCGACAAAAUAAAAUCAUAGAAAAACGACAAAUAAGCGAAGAAGAGUUUGAAAAUGCAAUUAUUAUUUUAGAAUUUUCAACAGCUGAGAAAAUUCAUUCAUAUAUUAAACAAAAAUUCUGUGAUGAUGAUAAAAUUGUAUGUGAUAUUUGUUUAUUACCCGAUGCUGACGAUGGAAAUGAAAUGGUUUUUUGUGAACGAUGCCAUUGCUGUGUACAUCAAAACUGUUAUGGCAUAGCCGUUAUACCAACUGGGACAUGGCUUUGCAAACCUUGCUCUAUUCUAAGACGACCUACAUGUAUUCUUUGUCCGAAACUUGGUGGUCCAAUGAAGUGUACGGCAAGUGGUACUAUUUGGUGUCAUUUAACAUGUGUUCUUUGGUUGCCUGAACUCAAAUUUGCCGAUUAUGUUAAUAUGGAACCCAUUUUACACCUGAAUAAAAUUCCACACACACGUUGGUCUCUUCGUUGUGUUAUUUGUUCAACAACGGAAGGCGCAUGUGUACAGUGUGCACAUAAAAAUUGUAGGACACCAUUUCAUGUUACUUGUGGCCUUGCUGCUGGCUACUUCCUUGACAUUCAACAAACAGCUACUAAAGAACCAACUAUAUUUCGUUCACAAUUUAAUGCCUAUUGUUCGAAACAUUCUGAUGAGGCUAGAAAACGUUCUGAAGAAGAUUCAAUAAAAUUAUCAAAAACUCUCGACAGCGAUGAUGAUGAUUCAUUAUGUUCAUCGUCAUCAUCAUCAUCAUCAUCAUCAUCAUCAAUUCCAUUAACUAUCUAUCAUCGUGAUCAAUUAAAAAAUGAACAGUGGAUAAAUGCAUGUUAUAAAAAAUUUUCUACAUUUAUUUCACCAUCGCGUUUACAUGAAGAAUGCCCCAAUGAAUAUGAUGAAAAUCUAUCGAAAAAACUCUAUGAAUAUUGGAUUAGAAAAAGACAAAUGAACAAUACGAUGCCAUUAAUUAAACACAUUGAGUUUGUCUUUGAACAACGUGAAAGUGCCGAUUUAUUAUUAACACAAAUAAAUACUUGUCUGGCUCUGAGAAAAAAAAUGCUUCAGCUUCAGAAUCGUUGUGAAUCAAUGUUGGAUUCAUUACCUUCAUCAUCGGAAGCACUCAUUCAACGUUUUGAAUCAUUAAAGAAGACAUUUUCGUUACCAAUUGUUCAGCGUCGUGGUCGUGGUCAUCCUCGUUCGUUAAGUAGUGUAAAGCAUAAAAAUGAAAAUAAAACAAAACUAUCGAAUCGAAACUGUCGAAAAGUUUCAUACUCCGAUGAACAAUUGCAAACGAUUGAACAAGCUAAACAUCCAUGUAUAGUUCAAUUAGAAACAACCUAUCGCCACAGUUUAGAAUUGAAUACAACCUAUCUUAUUCAUAAAACUAUCGAUGGACAAAUGAUUCUCGUACCGAAAAAACUCAUUGAACAAGAAGGACUUAUUACAAUAACAGAUGAUAUCAUUCUUCAACGACUCAAAACAGAUAGUAUCCCAUCUACGAGCAAUUCAGAUAUAUCCAACGACGACGAUGAUGAUGAGGAAGAAGACAUCGAGCCAUGUAAAAAGAAACGAACAUUUAAAACAACAAAAACUACUUAUACUUCUCAAGGAAAUGUUGUAACAUGUGUUACUGGAUCUUUUAACUAA